GGACAGUGGAGUGUGCUGCCACCAAUGGGAUAUGCUAUGGCUGUAUAAAACCCAAUCAAAGUUAGCGCCAGUUCGCACUUUCUGUCAGCCCAGUGCUCCUGCCAGAGGAGGAAAGAGACAACAGUGAGAGGGGAGAGGAAACAUUACCAGGUGUCUCCCCCAAACCAAGAGGAUGGAGAAUUCACAUACGAAGACGCCAGCUGACUGCCUGGGUUUCUUUGGAGUGAAUGAAAUCACUGGCCUCACUCCUGACCAGUUCAAGAAGAACUUGGCCAAGUUUGGCUACAAUGAGCUCCCAGCUGAAGAAGGAAAGAGCAUUUGGGAGUUGGUGAUCGAGCAGUUUGAAGAUCUGCUGGUCAGGAUUCUGCUUUUGGCUGCCUGCAUCUCAUUUGUGCUGGCCUGGUUCGAGGAAGGCGAAGAGACAGUCACCGCCUUCGUGGAGCCUUUUGUCAUCCUCCUCAUCCUCAUCGCAAAUGCCGUGGUGGGAGUGUGGCAGGAGCGCAAUGCAGAGAGCGCCAUCGAGGCCCUGAAGGAGUACGAGCCUGAGAUGGGCAAGGUGUACCGUGCCGACAGGAAGAGCGUGCAGAGGAUCAAGGCCAGGGAGAUCGUACCCGGGGACAUCGUCGAGGUGUCCGUUGGUGACAAAGUCCCCUCUGAUAUCAGAAUCACCUCCAUCCGUUCCACCACCCUGCGUGUUGAUCAGUCCAUCCUCACUGGUGAGUCUGUGAGUGUGAUCAAGCACACUGACCCUGUCCCUGACCCCAGAGCUGUCAACCAAGACAAAAAGAACAUGCUUUUCUCUGGCACCAACAUUGCUGCCGGCAAAGCCAUCGGCGUCGCUGUGGCCACUGGCGUUUCCACUGAGAUUGGCAAAAUCCGAGACCAGAUGGCUGCCACGGAGCAGGAGAAGACCCCCUUGCAGCAGAAGCUGGAUGAGUUUGGCGAGCAGCUGUCCAAGGUCAUCUCCCUCAUCUGCGUUGCCGUGUGGAUGAUCAACAUAGGCCACUUCAACGACCCGGUCCAUGGUGGUUCCUGGAUCCGUGGCGCCGUCUACUAUUUCAAGAUCGCCGUGGCUUUGGCUGUGGCCGCCAUUCCUGAGGGUCUGCCUGCCGUCAUCACCACCUGUUUGGCUCUGGGCACGCGUCGUAUGGCCAAGAAAAAUGCCAUCGUGCGUAGCCUGCCCUCUGUGGAGACACUGGGCUGUACCUCAGUCAUCUGCUCCGACAAGACGGGCACCCUCACCACCAACCAGAUGUGUGUAACCAAGAUGUUCGUCAUUGACAAGGUAGAGGGUGAUCAUGUCGCCCUGGAGGAGUUCAACAUCUCAGGAUCCAAGUACACACCCGAGGGAGAAGUUACCAAGGCUGGUGCCCGGGUGAACUGCAGCAUUUAUGAUGGACUGGUGGAGCUGGCUACAAUCUGUGCACUCUGUAAUGACUCUUCUCUGGACUUCAAUGAGGCCAAGGGCAUCUAUGAGAAGGUGGGCGAAGCUACAGAAACUGCCCUGUGCUGCCUGGUAGAAAAGAUGAAUGUGUUCAGCACCGACGUGCGUAACCUGUCCAAGGUGGAGAGGGCCAAUGCCUGCUGUACAGUGAUCAAGCAACUGAUGAAGAAGGAGUUCACCCUGGAGUUCUCUCGUGACAGGAAGUCUAUGUCUGUCUACUGCUCCCCUGCCAAGUCUUCUAAGGCUCCUGUUGGCAACAAGAUGUUUGUGAAGGGUGCCCCUGAGGGUGUGAUUGAGAGGUGUGCAUAUGUCCGCGUGGGCACCACCCGUGUGCCCCUAACUGGCCCAGUGAAGGACAAGAUCAUGGCCGUCAUCAAGGAGUGGGGCACCGGACGUGAUACACUGCGCUGCCUGGCCCUAGCUACCCGCGACACCCCCCUCAAGAAGGAGGAGAUGAACCUGGAGGACUCAACCAAGUUUGCUGACUAUGAGAUGGACCUGACCUUUGUAGGCUGCGUGGGCAUGUUAGACCCUCCUCGCAAAGAGGUCACUGGAUCCAUUGAGCUUUGUAGAGAAGCUGGCAUCCGUGUCAUCAUGAUCACCGGCGACAACAAGGGUACGGCCGUGGCUAUUUGCCGCCGCAUCGGCAUCUUCGGCGAGGAUGAGGAUGUGUUAGGCCGUGCCUUCACGGGCCGCGAGUUCGAUGACUUGUCGGUGAUGGACCAGCGUGAAGCCGUGCGUAUAGCCUGCUGCUACGCCCGUGUGGAGCCGUCUCACAAGAGCAAGAUUGUGGAGUACCUGCAGAGUUACGAUGAGAUCACGGCCAUGACGGGUGAUGGUGUGAAUGAUGCCCCGGCCCUGAAAAAGGCCGAGAUUGGCAUCGCCAUGGGCUCUGGCACGGCCGUUGCCAAGUCCGCAUCGGAGAUGGUCCUGGCUGACGACAACUUCUCCUCCAUCGUGGCUGCCGUUGAGGAGGGCCGUGCCAUCUACAACAACAUGAAGCAGUUCAUCCGCUAUCUCAUCUCUUCCAACGUGGGAGAGGUUGUUUGCAUCUUCCUGACAGCGGCUCUGGGUCUGCCCGAGGCCCUGAUCCCCGUGCAGCUGCUUUGGGUGAACCUGGUGACGGAUGGCCUUCCUGCCACCGCCCUGGGCUUCAACCCCCCUGACCUGGACAUCAUGGGCAGGCCCCCACGCUCUCCCAAAGAGCCCCUCAUCUCCGGCUGGCUCUUCUUCAGAUACAUGGCCAUUGGAGGGUAUGUGGGCGCUGCCACCGUCGGUGCUGCCGCCUGGUGGUUCCUGUACUGCGAUGAAGGUCCCAUGAUAACCUACUACCAGCUGUCCCACUUUAUGCAGUGCAGCCCUGAGAACGAGGAUUUCAACGGCAUUGACUGUGAGGUGUUUGAAUCACCCGAGCCCAUGACCAUGGCUUUGUCUGUGCUCGUCACCAUUGAGAUGUGCAACGCCCUAAACAGCUUAUCUGAGAAUCAAUCCCUGGUGCGUAUGCCCCCAUGGAGCAAUGGCUGGCUGAUUGCUGCCAUGACUCUCUCCAUGUCCCUGCAUUUCCUGAUCAUCUACGUGGACCCCCUGCCCAUGGUCUUCAAGCUGACCCACCUGAACGUAGAACAGUGGAUGGUGGUGCUAAAGUUGUCGUUCCCCGUCAUCCUGAUUGACGAGGUGCUGAAGUUCGUCGCCCGCAACUACCUGGAAGCCUAAUCCCACUACCCAUUUCCCCGUAACAAAACAAGGGACAGACAAGACUCUACUGCAGAAGAAGUGAAACUGAGGAGGAGGAGGAAGAGGAAGAGGAGGCAUGCGUGAGACACCCAAGGGAGAGGGC